AUGGAAGAUGUGCUGUAUCAAAACCAUUUCACUGGUGCCAUUCCAAAAGAGAUUGGAGAGCUCAGCAAGCUGGAGUUGCUGGAUCUGAGGAAUAAUAAUUUCAGUGGAGCAAUUCCAGAAGAAAUAGGAAGAUUACUAUCAUUAAAAUACUUGUUGCUAAGAGACAAUAAAUUUGAGGGAAGCAUUCCUCUGGAGAUCAGGAGGCUUAACCUGCUUUCUGAUUUUCAAUUUGAUGGAAACCUUGCAUCUACUGCUGCUAUUGGAGUUAGCUGUGUCAAUAGAAAACUUGGACAUGAGUUCAAGCUUGGGAAGGAUACUUUACAUGGUAGCGGAGAAAAUUGCUUGGUUAAGCCAGACAGAUCAUCAGAGCAUAAUGUAGAGAUCCUUGUCAAUUUUGCACGUCGUAGACUACUUGAGCAGUCUAGUAACCUCCAAGCUGAACCUGCUAGUGGUGGAUCUUCCUCUCAACAAAUUAUUGCUCUUCCAACCACAAGAAGUAGUGGGGCUUUCUCUGCAAUACCAAAUGCAAAGAAGCAUCAAGCUCAGUCUCCUGUACUACUAGAUUCACCUGUUAAUCCUCCAUCUACAGGGACCAAGGGAUCAAGAACUGAAAAGCCAUCUAAAGAACAACCUCCUGGCAAUGGAACUUCAGGAAAUACUUGGAUGUAUUUCCUAAUUAUUCCAAUUGUGGGUGUCUUGGUCAUUGUUGUAGCAGGCUUACUGUUUGUGUUCCGGAAACAAGGAGUGACAACUAUAGGUCCUUGGAAGACUGGUCUAAGUGGACAGUUGCAGAAAGCAUUUGUUACAGGGGUUCCAAAGUUAAAUCGAUCAGAGUUGGAAACUGCCUGUGAGGAUUUCAGCAAUAUCGUUGAUACUUUUGAUGGUUUCAUUGCGUACAAGGGAACACUGUCUAGUGGAGUUGAGAUUUCUGUUACAUCAACUGCAGUGGCCUCUUCGAAAGACUGGUCAAAGAAUGCAGAGAUGGCAUACAGAAAAAAGAUUGAUACAUUAUCACGGAUUAAUCAUAAGAAUUUUGUAAAUCUUAUUGGCUACUGUGAGGAGGAUGAACCGUUCAAUAGGAUGAUGGUCUUUGAAUAUGCUCCAAAUGGAAGUCUCUUUGAGCAUCUGCAUGUUAAAGAAAUGGAACAUCUUGACUGGAGUACAAGGAUGAGGAUUAUAAUGGGAGUUGCUUAUUGCCUGCAAUAUAUGCACCAUGAUCUGAAUCCGCCUAUAGCACAUUCUAAGCUGUGUUCAAGCACAAUCUUCUUAACAGAUGACUACGCUGCUAAGAUUGCAGAGGUCUCUUUCUUGCCUCAAGCUACUCCAAAGUCAAAGGUCUCAGGUGAAUUGGAGAAUUCACUGCCACCCCAUGUUGAUCCAGAAACAAACAUCUAUCUUUUUGGGGUUUUGUUGCUCGAAAUCAUUUCCGGGAAGCUCCCAUACUCGGAAGAACAAGGGCCUCUUGAAAAAUGGGCUGCUGAAUAUUUGAAUGAUAAGCGUCGCAUCAGCUACAUGAUUGAUCCAAGCCUUAAGUCUUUCAAAAACAAUGAGCUUGAUGUCAUCUGUGAGGUUAUCGAACAAUGUAUACAAUCAGAUCCAAGGCACAGACCAACGAUGAAGGAGAUCACCUCCAAAUUGAGGGAAGUGAUUUCUAUCUCGCCUGAUCAAGCAACCCCAAGACUUUCUCCCCUGUGGUGGGCUGAGCUUGAGAUAUUAUCGGUGGAGGCAACUUAA